AUGGGAGGAAGAUGGCGAUCUCCGAACUUUGCCCGAGAAAAGCUCUGUUGUUUUCCAGAAGAUUCGGAGAUCGCCGGACGUCGGCAGCGUCUUUUUCGAAUCCAGACAAUGCUUCGGGACUGGGAAGGAGCCGAAGUCUCUUUUGAUGCGACGCCUCGUGGCAAAAAGUGCCGCGUCCUGGCUACCAAAAUCUACCCCGCAAGGUCUUAUGGUCACAGCACACUAUCUCCAUCGCUUCAUCCGAUAGCCCGGCACGGCCUGGCCUAUAAGAGCUGCUACCGCGGACCGACGGACGCCGGAAAGCUGCUAGAUCCUGAACGUUUUCGCAGACGUUAG